GGGCUGCUCGGGUCUGACGGAUUUCUGAGUCUCUCACUUCAGAGCUGUGUGGAGGGGGAGGGUCAAGUUCUAUUUAUGUAUGGUUGAUGGAGAAAGUGACGUUUCCGUAAUGACGAAUUCAAAACACGAGCGCUUGAUGAGCUUUUUUUUCUUCGACGGUCUUCUGCGGCUAUAGUAAUAACAAUAAUGGAAGGCUGUAUUAUUUAUUAAUAUUAUUAUAAAAGGCUAUAUUAUUGACUUUUACAUCGCCGGACAGCGAUGCUACUCGCUCUGCAUAGCCGAAGGCACUUAUUUAUUUAUUUAUUUAAAAUAUUUCUCGAUCGCCCUGCGUCAAAAGAUUCCAGGAAGUCUGUACAGACCAUUGGUGAAGAACAAACGCAAAAUCACUACACUGAGCUCCUUGUGUUGAAAGGUCAUCACGAUAUAGUGCGAUUUCUAGUGGCAAUAGAUGAUUACAGGUUUGCAUCUGCUGGUGAUGAUGGGAUUGUAUGUUUAUGGAAUGCUCAGACUGGAGAAAAGCUAUUUGAACUAUAUGCACACACACACAAAAUUACAGCUCUUGCAGCUUUUCCUCUAUCUGAUACUUGUGAAGAAAAAUGUCACUUGAUCUUGACAGCAGGUGCUGAUAGGACUGUUGUUGUUUGGGAUUGUGACAAUGGUAGGCAAGUUCAUAAAGUGUCCUGCUUUCAUUCUACCAUAAAGUGUUUGGCAGUUCUUCAAAGGCUGGAUGUAUGGCUGUCUGGAGGGAGUGAUCUGUGUGUUUGGAACCGAAAAUUAGAUCUCUUGUGUAAGACAAGUCAUCUUAUUGAUGCAGAUAUCAGUGCUAUGAUUGAAUUGCCAAAAAAUUGUGUGGCAGCAGCAGUUGGCAAAGAAUUGAUCAUUCUUAGACUGAAAGCUUCCAGAGAUGGAACUGAAUGGGAUGUCUUUGAAGUGAAACGCCUUCUUGACCAUCAAGAUAAUAUUGUGUCGUUGGUCAGUGUAAGUGAUCUGACUUUUGCAACUGGCUCCCAUGUGGGUGAGCUGAUAGUUUGGGAUGCCUUGGAUUGGACGAUGCAUGCAUAUGAAUGCAGUUGGGAUGCAUCUCUUCACGUGGACCCACAACAAGAAAUAAAAUUAUCACACAGCCAAAAUGAAAUUUCAAUUCAACAUUUAGCUUUUGAUGAUGAGUGUGUGUUUGCUGCUGUUGGAAAGGGCAUAUACGUGUAUAACCUUCAAAUGAAGCGUGUGAUUGCCUUCCAGAAGACUGCUCAUGACUCCACUGUCCUGCACAUUACAAAAGUUCCAAACAGACAAUUAAUCUCCUGUUCAGAAGAUGGCAGUGUUCGCAUAUGGGAAUUACGAGAAAAACAGCAACUUACAGCUGAGCCUGUUCCUUCAGGUUUUUUCAGUAUGUGGGGAUUUGGAAGAGCAAGCAAGCAAGCCAAUCAUACAGCUAAAAAGCCACCCGAGAGCACCACUAUAUUCUCGUUGGAUCUUUUGGGGGAUUUGAUUGGGCACUCUUCAGCUGUGCAGAUGUUCCUGUACUUCAGUGAACAUGGCCUGGCAACAUGCGCCACAGAUCACCUCAUUAUUUUGUGGAAAGAUGGAGAACGAGAGUCUAGACUGCGCAGCUUACUGUUGUUUCAUAAGUUAGAACAAAGUGAAGAUUUGCAGCUUACGAUCUAAAAUGAUGUAAUUGGGGAAUAAAUGUAUGGAAUAUGAAUAUUGGAAACAA